ACCAGGAGUCGACGUGUGCAGAAGUCCCUAUAGUCCAGGGCCUGUUUCCCUGUAGCAGCUCCUUAUUGCUGGAGAAGGAGAAAAGUGCCCCGUAUCCUUUCAGGACUCUUGGUCUUUUGGGCGCGACACAAAUCGAGUGAAGGGAAGAGUGAGGAAAAUCCCCUGGAUCCCUGCAGGAUUAAUUUAUUCAAAAAGGAAAUAAUAGAAAAAUAAUCAACAUGCAAAAGUCUUGUGAAGAAAAUGAAGGAAAACCACAGAACAUGCCAAAGGCCGAAGAAGACCGCCCUUCGGAAGAUAUACCACAGGAGGCAGAAGGAAGUCCUCAACCUUCCGAAGAAGGUGUAAGCCAGGAAGCAGAAGGAAACCUUAGAGGAGGGCUGACUCAACCUGGCCAGGGAUUUAAAGAAGACUCUCCCGUUAGGCAUUUGGACCCUGAAGAAAUGAUAAGAGGAGUAGAUGAGUUGGAAAGGCUUAGGGAAGAGAUAAGAAGAGUAAGAAACAAGUUUGUGAUGAUGCAUUGGAAGCAAAGACAUUCACGCAGCCGUCCUUAUCCUGUGUGCUUUAGGCCUUGAAUUCUUUUUUUGUCUGAUAUUAAAAUCUGGCCCCUGCUUUCUUUCUGUUAGCAUUUUCUGAUGUAUCUUUGAUCUUCGUUUUACUUUUAAUCAUCUGGUGGAAUUUUGUUUUAGGUAGUUUCCUUGUUACCAGCAUCUCACUGGAUUUUGUAUUUUGACCCAUUCUGCAGGUCUGUUUUUCAGUUGGGAAGUUUCACAUAUAUGCAUGAAAAUAUGUUCAUUCCAUAUUGUAAAGUAAAACAUAACAGGUUCAAAGCAGCAUAUUUAGUAUCAGCUCACAUAUAUAGGAUAAAAUCCCAAAUUGUGUGUGUGUGCGUGUGCGUGUGUAUACAUACAUACAUAUAUCAAAAAUUAACUGUGCUUAUUUCUGUGGUAUGAGUUUUUUUUCUUUUUGCUUAUAUGUUUUAAUGAACACGUGUCACACACACAAAAAAUUAAAGUUUUUUUUAUAAGACUCAAUCAAAUAAUUUGCAACCAGCUUCUAAGGGCAAUGGGGGCACCUAAACUCUCGAUGAAAGAACUAUUAAAAAAAUGUAAACCUCAAAUUACCUCUGGAUCUCUUAGCCAGAGGAAUAAAACUGGCAGUUAUUACAGAUA